CGGGCGCCCCGGGCCCCCCGGCCCGCUCGCCUCACUCACCCGCCGCAGAAACUCCCGCCCCGACCGGAGCGGCCCGCACGACUCCCCCGCGCCCCACUCGCUAGCGGCGGCUCCGCAGGGUCCUUACGCCGCCUUCCGAGCGCCGCACUGAGGAGAGCGGAACGCGCUGAGGAUUGGGCGGCGAGGCCUGUGCAGGGCCCAGGCGAGGAGGGAGCGCGAACAGAACCACCCCCCCACAGACAAGGGCAAGGACUACAACUCCCGGCAUCCCCCACGGCGCCACCUUCCACCCGCCAAUCAGCGGGCGCAGGAGGCGGGACUUCGCUGAGACUUAACGGCCGGAUUAAUGGCCUAGGUUUCUCUGGCUCGGAAGUAGAUCUGCUCAUUUCCGGUGCUGAAACCCUCUGCGAGUUCAUCAUGAUUCUCCAACAGCUAUUCAGGUUUUCCUCCAUUUUCCGCUCUGCCAUCUCAAUACACUUGCGUAGGAACAUUGGCCUUUCUGCUAUAGUGUUUAAUAAGGCGAAGGAACUUGAUCCAGUUCAGAAGCUCUUUAUAGACAAGAUCAGAGAAUACAACAUGAAGAGCCAGAAAGCUGGUGGUCCAGCUGAUGUAGGCCCUGAAUACCAGAAAAACAUGGCUGAAGAAAUCGCCAAAAUUCAGCGGUUGUAUGGUGGGGGAGACCUGACCAAAUUUCCAGACUUCAAAUUUGAGGAGCCCAACUUUGAAGAGUCUCAAAAAUGAGGUGGUUGGCGUCUGCAUUCCAAGCACUAGUGUCAUCUUUCUCAUGGAGUUGUUAAAUAGGCCAGCAGUUGUAAUUUAAUGUGGGGUUUCACUUUCAAAUACUUGUUUGACUUCUGAUCUCAAUACAGUACAAGUACAACAUGAUUCUUGUGAACUGCCAUAUUCAUAAAAUUCACUUUUGGAAAUCAAAUAUAAAGUGCUCAAUCUUUUAUCCAGUGUUUAAACACUAUUUACUGAGAUGACAUUUCAGUAUCCAGAUAAAACCAAAUGACCACUUAAGUGCAAAAUACAGUUAAAGUUAAUAGCUUUCCUGUUGAAAAGAACUGCGCUUCCCUAAAUUUUAAUCGUGUCACUGAAAUCUUAUAAUAAUACAAUAAAGCCUACAAGUAUGGCAUUAUUGUAUGCAUGUGAUCAUUCUGUGCAAUAGUAACAUUUUAUUUAGACAUAUCCAGGAACUCAAACAUUGCAGCUCAUGCCACAUAUCCUCCAAUUGUGCAAGGCCCAUGAGCUGAAGUGGACUGACUUUUAUAUAAUCUUGGUGCACCAGUACAUUCUUGCAGAGGCUAUCUUGUUCUUCUAAAUAAAAAACUUGAGGUUU